CUCAUCUUGCUCUCAUCUUUUUCCUCUGUUUAUGAUUCCUCUCUUUUUCUGUCUUCUCUUACUCAUUCUUUUGUAUCAGACGUCUGCAUCACUCAACCAUCUGCAUCAUGGCUCUUGAAGAUAAUCUAGAUUUGGAACGCUCCAUCGACUGCAUCGCGUCGUCGAAAUUACAUCCGUAUCAAUAUUCUCAUCCUUAUGGCCUCGUGAGUGGUAGCAUUAGCCAUAACAACUCAGCAGUGGAUCUUCAUCAGGACAAGGACAAAGAACACGAAAAGGACCAGGAUCAGACACGUCCUAUUGGAAUUCAUUCACUCAAGCCCUCACUUUUACGAUAUAUUUUCUCAUUCCUAGCGAUUCAACACUACGACUAUCUUAAUCACCGCACACACACUGUCUAUAGUCAUCUGGGACCUGUUACUCUGGUCUGUAAGACUUGGAACAGUAUUGCCUCACCUCUUCUAUGGCAGGAACGAACCUUUCAUGGGUGGAAGGCUGGUGAAGAACUCAAUGUCUUUUUACAACUCACUGAGAACGCCGAUUUUUCUUCCACACACGAAUAUGGAGAGUUUGUCAAACGGAUUGAGAUUAUUGACUCACACGACGUAGUUGAUAAGCAGAAUGGUCAAUUUGUCAUCAACUGGAUCACACCCGACGUUAUCCUCGCACUAUCAGAACACUGCUGCAAACGUCUUCGAGACUUGACUCUUGUCUUUGCUACAGGACGCCAGGUUUCGACAGAGAAUGAGGAAGGACUCAUCCCAUGGGGUGCGAUCGCCGAGUCUUGUCGCCGACUCUUUGUGCUUUCACUUGCCAACUAUAUUUGUCCUGUGCUACCUGUGGGCCCGGGCCACCCUUUUCAUAUGUUUGCUACACAUACUAACCCCUUGACAGAAUUGGUACUCAAGAGAUGCAAGAGUAUCCCUUCAGAGACUUUUCAACAGCUCGCUCGCACUUGUAGCAAGGCCCUGACCAAGUUGGUAUUGCUCGAUUCGGAUGAGUUUCUGGGCACUUCAGAGAUGAUCGAAUUUGCACGACACUGUCCAGACCUGCGCCAUCUGAAUGUGUCCUGGAUUGAAACCGUCGAACCAAAGAUCAAUGAUGAAUUCAUGCUUGAGCUCACUUCCAACUGUCCACGACUCGAAUAUGUCUCACUAUUGGACGCAAACCAAAUCUCGGACGCGUCCUUUUCAACGCUUCCCAAGCUCCGGUAUUUACGGAACCUCAUCCUUCCUCGAGCAGGCACAACUGCAAGUGGGAUGGCCUACCGUCAAGAGUCGCUCGUUGCUUUGGCCAAGAGUUGCAAGCGAUUGGAACAGUUACAUCUGGUAGCGCCUGGAGCGACGACCAGUCGAUUCUUUGAAGGACUGUUGUACUGUCCAAAUCUUCAAGUUCUAGUGAUUGUCGAGUUGUGCAAAGGUCUGCUGAUCGACCAGCGCUUCAAAACAUUGGGUCUUGCCAAGUACGUAGACCCUGAGUCAUUAGAAUCAUACAAACUUGUCUGGCAUAAGAAGACUUGA